AUGCGUCUCAUCAAUGUCAAGACACUCGAGCUUGGGCUGUUCUACGGGAGCCAAACGCCACGAUACGCCAUUCUCUCCCACACGUGGGAUGGCGAUAAUGAGGUGACAUUCCAAGAGUGGGAACGCCGUACCGACAGCGCUGUCAGACGCAAGAGUGGCUACGCCAAGAUCGUGGGGGCUUGCCGCCGCGCCGAGGCUGAUGGCCUGCAGUAUCUCUGGUGUGACACCAAUUGUAUCGACAAGAGCAGCUCUGCUGAACUGAGCGAGGCCAUCAAUAGCAUGUUCUCUUGGUAUCAUGACUCAGCCGUGUGCUACGCGUACCUUGCUGACGUACAGGCGAAGACGGGUACGCUUGCUAAGAGUCGUUGGUUUACCAGGGGUUGGACGCUGCAAGAGUUACUCGCGCCAAGUAGAGUAAUCUUCUUCGACCACUGCUGGACGGUGCUUGGAGAUAGAAGCAUAUUGGCAGGUGUGAUCUCAGACAUCACUAGGGUUCAUGUUGGUGCCUUGGAAAAUCGUGAGACAAUACGGGAUUACUCCAUUGCCCAGCGCAUGUCAUGGGCUGCUGAUCGUCAAACAAGCCGCUCGGAGGAUAUCGCGUACUGUCUCCUUGGUAUUUUUGAUAUUAACAUGCCAUUACUCUAUGGCGAAGGCUCCAAGGCAUUUACUAGAUUACAACUGGAGAUUAUCAAGAUAUCUGAUGACCAGAGUAUCCUUGCAUGGGACCUGGAGCCUUCUCAAGCUUCCUUGUUCACAAGUGCUUUAGCACGAUCUCCUACUCAAUUUCGUUCUUGUGGCUCGAUAGUGAGAAAUCAUGAACCUCAACAGAGCGCCUACUCCAUCACAAAUCUCGGCAUAUCCAUGAGGCUUGUUCUUAUUAAGACUCUCAUUGGGGGAAUAGUUCUAGUUGGACUAAAUUGCGCAAAAGAGCUUUAUCGGGUGGCACCUCACCCUAAUCUCCCGCACGAUGUGAAGCUACGCAAGCAUUUUCGGGUUUGGAUACCUCUAACGCAAUUAAAGCAUGAUACUUAUGGCCGACUACACCAUCCGGCAUCGAGGGUCUUUCUCGAACAGUCAUAUCCAACAUUUAGUCGUCUGGCGCCCACGAGUUUAUUCUUAACUUUAAACGCCUCCCAACCUCAGCUUCAAGAGAACCCGACCAAACCCUUACGGCAUCAUUCGCCCGAUACACCAUCAGGUGUGCUUCUCACAGUCGCAUCAGGCAACAUGACACCUAGAUUUGUUUUCAAAGAAGUCUAUCCCCUAGGUGACAUAUCUGUUGUACAGUUGAAAGGUCGUGGCAUAUCUACUACCUCUCAUCUACUCAUCGCAUGUGAUGAUCUUUCGGUAUUCCUUUCGGUAUUCUGGGGCAAGGAUGGGUCUCCUCAGGAUUGGACAUACUCGACGAUCUUUGAUCCACAGUUAAAGAUUAGCAACCAAAUGGCUUGCCUGACAGAGUGGAAGUGCCUUUUUGAGACAAAUGGUCAUAAGAGGUCUUCUUCGUGCUGCAAUAAUACUGCUUCUAUGCAUUCUCUUCACAAAAGAUUGCAACAUACAUACGGGAAUUCGUUGGAUGUUUAUGUGAGGGAAGAGAGGGACCCGAUGGUCAUAAUAGGUGAUCAACCUCUGAUGGAUUUGUUUGGUCAACAAGAAUUGUUAGUCGACAUUAUUUUCAGGCAACUUCCAAAGCGUAUAAAAGUUGGCUGA